ACACACACACAGAGCUCAGAGUCCCACCUACUGAACACCAUACACACAUGCACGCGCGCACGGGAAGCACGGGAGCACGGAUGCACAGUGUAGCUGGAGCUGUAGCAGUGCUGUCCGGUGUUUAUGUGUCGAGGUGUUUGAUGCGUGAUAUAACGGGGGGAACCGGAGCAGCGGCUCCAUGAGGAAGCUCGGAUAAGAAGAGGAAGAGGAAGAGGAAGGGUAACGGACUGAUCUGCGCGUGCAGUGUUUGUACCGGAGUCAGCCAUGGGCUCGAGACUGAGCCGCCAGAGCAGCCUGGACGGUGGCGGCGGAGGCUCGCGCAGGAGAGGAGGAGGAGGAGGAGGAGGGCGGCGGAAACGCGCGGACAGCGGCGGGGAGCGCGAGCCCAGUGCCCCGUUCCCGGCCGCCGUGAUGCUGCUGAGGACCGACAGGCUGCGCGCGAGCGCUCAGAGCCCGUACGUGAGACGGGUCGCGUGGAUCCGCGACAUCCAACAGCUGCUGCGCGAGAGGAAGGUGGAGGAGGCCGCGAGCGUGCUGAGACAGCUGAGGAAGGAUCUGGGAUUAGAGGGAACGUCCCUGAAUGACAUUUUAUACAAAAACGCCGCUUUCCUCAACCUGGUGGAUCCGAUUUCACACGAGCUGCUGCUGAGUCUCGCUCGAGACAUGCAGUGUCCCAAAAAGGACUCGGACAUGCUGAAGUCGUCAGAUAAAAUCUGCAGGCAGCUCAUCUAUCACCUGACACCGCACUCGAAGUGGCUGAGACAGAGCAUGAGCCGGAGAAAAGCCCAGGCCUGGCUGAAAACGACUCUUCAGAAGAAGCUCUGUAGCGACUCGGUGGAUCUUUCUGGAAUCCCCCUGUCCAUGCGGGACAUUCGACACGUGGCGUAUUACCUCCAGACCAGCGGGGGCGCUGUCAUAUCCGUGGAUUUGAGCUUUACUGAGCUGCGGGAUGAAGGUUUACGAAUCCUGUUGCCUGUUUUGGGCGUUUUGCCCAAACUCACCACGCUGGCGCUGAACGGAAACCGUCUGACGGUGUCCAUCAUGAAGGACCUGACCGAGGCCGUGAAAAGUCCAGAAAGUUUCUCGUGUCUGGCCUGGAUCGAUCUCGGGAACAACGUGGACAUAUUCACCAUGCCUCAGCCCCUCCUGGUGGCGCUGAGGCGGCGCUGCAGCUUAAAGAGCAGUUUGCCCACCAUUUACGAGUACACAGAGGGGCAGCCAUAUUGCUACCGUAUGGAGAGCUCCAUUGAGGAAGCGAGCCUUUACGAGGAAGACGAAGAAGAGGACGAAGACGAAGACGAGAUGGACGACAAGCUAGAUGUGGAGCAGUGGAGCAUCGUAGAGCAGAAAAGUUCUGGAAGUUUCACCUUGAACUAUUGCGAGAGGUGAAGCUAACCUUUGACCUUUAGCGUUACCCAUCACUGAGGACGUAGAGACGAAUUUGAGGAAGAUAGAGGGACGGAGGGACAGAUGCCGCCUCUCUGAACCACUUGUCGUCGCUCCAUGAGUUUCCCCGUUCCCCAUCGUGGCUUUAUUGUGAUCCAGCACCAUCACAUUCGCACAGGAAGUCAAACGGCGGCAAGAAAAACGACACAGGGCUUGAUUAGCGUAAAAAAAAUCAGCCACACACUCACCGUUUUAGCCGUCGAUGCUCCUGCUCCUUGGCGCUGGGAAGGGGCGGUUCAUUGGUUCUUUGGCAGAACUGUGAGAAGAUUCGGAGACGUCGCUUUCUUCUACACACAAUAUAAAAAAUAAAUAAAUAAAUAAACACCAAUGAAAGAUCCAGAAAAAUCCAGAAAGAAUGGAUCAGCUUAGCUUGAUUAGCUUGAUUAGCUGAUUAGCGUCCUCAAGGUGUUUCUAAACAAGGAGCCCAUACGUUUAGCUAUGGAGUAGUGGAGUACUGUUAUGUGUGUUUGUGUGUGUGUGUGUGUGUGUGUGGUCAGAUUUGGCACACACUGCCGCUGCCACACAUUGUCGCUAACAUCACUAAACACCACUGUGUUCUUUGCUAAUCUUCCAACAAAAGCCAUGAGAGCAGCUCAACAAACCCGUCACGUGAACGCUGACAAAACUGCUACGUCAAGACUUUUUUUUUCCUAGACGUCCGGUCGUCACUUAGCGACACGCAUCUGCGAAUAAUGCUAAAAAAUAUAAUAUAUAUAAUAUAAUAUUGUGAUGUGUUCCUUUUUGUCAAGGCUUUGCUAGCACAGAGUGUAAACCGCUAACAGUCUCUCAUCAUGCCUGUGUUCAUUAUUAUUGCUAACAAAUAUCAUCUUUAUGCUAAUGUGUGACUUUUUCAGAUUAACAUAUUACAUCAAAUUAGCCUAGAUAGCUCCACGGCUAAUUUUAGCAUCACUGUAUAAGGUAUUAAGGCUCUAUGUUAACCAUGGCUUACUAAAUCAACAGUGCUAACAACAUAAUACACAUGCUAGCAGUUAGUCACUUUAAUCCAGUCUACCACUUCCUAUAUUAGCCUACUGUUAGCAAUUAGCAUUUCACUCACUUGGCUAAGACAAGAAGGGCUAGCAUGACUAGUGUGACUGGAGCUCCAGUUUUCGCUACUUCCUGUAGCCAUUUCAACCCUUUAAAGAGGUUUUUUGCACAUUUUAGCCAUUUAUUGUAAAGGCUAAUUUUAUUUAAUGUCAAUGUGAAAUACUCGUAGCGUAUUAGCGUGUAUGUGAAGCUGGUAUUUUUCUUCCAAUAUUACACACACACACACACACACACACACACGGAGUCGUUUGGGACUAAACAGACUGUAAACGAUGAUAAAACUAUAAUAUUCCUGUGAUAUAGUGUGUUGUCUUUUCCACUGUGUGUAUACGUGUGUGUGUAUAUAUAUGUGUACUGCUGUAACAUUGUUUUAACGUUGUGUGAGCGUCUGUGAUUAGUCGUACUGUGCUAGUGUUGGUCCUGUGGUGUUGAGUCUCCUGUCCUCGAGUAGUUGGAGACUCAGUUUGUCCUUUCACAGGGCUCAAGCAGCAACGACAAUAUUUAAAGGAGCAAAAAUAAUUCUGCGAACUUAAAAUAAAACGUCCACAAAACUUUAAAACAUCACACAUUACAUCACAUCACAUUAAGAUAAAUUACACAUUGAGGUAAUCAGACAUUAAGAUAAAUUAGACAUGGAGGUAAAUCAGAUAUUGAGGUAAAUUGGACAUGGAGGUAAAUCAGGCAUUGAUGUAAAUAGGACAUUAAAGUAAAUUAAACAUUGAGAUAAAUAGGACACUGAGGUAAAUUAGACAUUAAGGUACAUUAGACUGUGAGGUAAAUCAGAUAUUGAGGUAAAUUGGACAUUGAGGUAAAUCAGACAUUAAGGUAAAUCAGAUAUUGAGGUAAUUAGGACUUUGAGGUAAACGAAACAUUGAGGUAAAUCAGGCAUUAAGAUAAAUUAGACUCUGAGGUAAAUCAGAUAUUGAGGUAAAUUGGACAUGGAGGUAAAUGAGACACUGUGGUAAAGAAACAUUGAGGUAAAUGAGAAAUUGUGGAAAAUUGGACAUUGAGAUAAAUUGGACAUUGGAACCAUUUCAUUUUUGGUCAAAUGUCAACAUGCUAAAACAUUUACUCACAAUAAAGAUGUCAUUAGCGUUAGCUGGGUUAGCCUCUCAGCUGAGUGAAUUUUCUACCAAGAAUUAUUUUAAUUAUUGAAUCUUAUUUAUUGAAGCCCUGACCCUAAAUAUAUCGACACUGUCGUGGGAUCAAUAGAAACAGUCGUGUAACCUGUGUAGUGACACUCCUGAGCUGUAACCCACCUCUGUUUCGACUUUCUUUCUACGCUGCCGCUAGCUAGACAUGCGUCGAUAGUCUGCUAUCUUGUCAUGUUUGACAUAUAUAUAUAAUAUUGUUAGCAUGGAUACCUCAAAAUAUUAUCACUCCCCUUGCAUUCAGUUUGGGAAAAUGGUGCCUUAGUGGGGCUUCAUUGUUUUUUUUUUUCCAAAGAAAAUAUCUGUUGCAUCCUGUAGUUAGCAUGAGGAGAAUCUAGUUAGCGGUCGAAGCUAAGUGUUAUUUAUCACCACAUCUGAGGUAAACGUCGAUGUUUCAGAUAAUACUGUCUUGUUUCCACGGUCACUGUGUCUUUACAUUGUCCAUAUUUUAAAUACUUAAGGGCUAGGUAAGUCAUUAGCUUUGUUUUUAGCUAAAUAUCGAUAUGUUAUAAUUCAGUGUUCAUGCUGCUUACUUGCCUAGCAAUAGUGAUCUAUUGAAUUUUACCAUUUGAACGUCACGUGUCACGUUUUAAACGUCCUACACUGAACACACUAAUAUAACCAAUUACAAUAAAUAACAUUUCAUUAUGAUUAAAAGUCAUAUUAAUGUUUGUAGACUGCUAUAUGUUGUUCUCAAGAUGACAUUUUUACCUAACUAAUGUAAUGUUACCACACAGUUAACAUGUAGAACUUGCUAGAUAGUGAUAAUUAGCUAGCUAGCUAUGCUAGUCAGCUUUUUUUUAAUAGCUAGUGCGCGAUUGUGUCCCUGUAGCACAAACGUAGCAUAUUUCAGUAAACAAUAUUGAUUGCAGUCAUAUCUAAAGUUCAGCAUCGGCUCAUGCCUAGCCCGAACGCAGUGUGUUAUUGUUCACAACAAAAUCGGGUGUACACUAUUAAAUCAAGUUGCUAACUGUGCGUUUGGUUAUUGUUAUCGUUUCUGUGUACGUUUGUAUAACGCGUCUCCGUGUCUAACUGGUGUGUGUAAGAAAAUUGUGAAUUAAACAAUAAUUUAUACGACUGUUACAAGACACUUGAGUAAUAAAAUCACUGAAUAUUGAAAUCGUGUGCUAAUGGUUAUUGUUUUUUGAAAACGCACUUUAUUUUAGUUUUAAAUAUAAAAUUGCU